UUUUGAAUUCCCUUCGAACUUAGAUUUCUCAAAUUCUUUUCUAACGCUGUCUGAGUGUCCGAGUCGGAGUCCGAGUUGACCCGCCGCGAUCUCAUACUCAAAUUCUCUCCGACAAAACACCGCAACGAAACACAAACCAAACCCUUAUUCUCGUCUUCUUGUUCUUUUUCUUCAUCUUCUUGUUCUUUUUCCUUCAUCUUCUUGGGUUCUCAUAAACGACGCUAAGAAAAGACCAUUGUUCGUGGUUGCACCCGCCCUCACCUGAUUCUACCUCUUUGUGUGGAUCUGUGAGGUUGCAAACUGGCUAUGGACUACGAGCCCUACGACAGUAGCGGAACUGAUGAUGAUCUUCCUCCAACACAUCAAAAUAGAAUUCCCAGGGGAGGACGUCUUGCUGGGAAUGGAAGAUCUGCUGUGGGUUCAAUUCCAUACCCCAGGAUGUAUGGUGAAAUUGAUAUGGAAACACAAAUUCACCAACUUGAGCAGGAAGCAUAUAGUUCAGUUCUACGAGCCUUUAAAGCUCAAGCUGAUGCAAUUACUUGGGAGAAAGAAAGUUUGAUUACAGAGCUGAGAAAAGAACUGAGAUUAUCAAAUGAGGAACACAGAGAACUUCUAGGUCGGGUCAAUGCAGAUGAUGUGAUACGGAGGAUAAGGGAGUGGAGACAGGCAGGCGGCCAUCAGCCUGGCAUGCUGAGUACCAGUCAAGCUCUUCAUGAUUCAAUUCCCAGUCCAACAGUGUCUGCAUCUCGGAAAAAGCAGAAGAUUACACCAUCUGUACCAUCACGAUCUUUUGCUGGGCCUACUCCUUCAUUUCAUCCCCAAACAGUGACCGCAUCCCACCAGCCGUCUUCCUCAGCAGCAAAACGUGGAUCUGUUCCUGGAUCGAAGGGAAAGAAGCACAAACCUGGUCAAAUUUUACCUGGUGUGUCUACAAUGAAGCAGUAUUCUUCAUCAGGACCAGGUGGAAGGAAUCAAGUACCUAAUAGAGCUGUCAUGGGUGAGCACGCCGAGGGAGCAUCAUUUGAUUCGUUGAUUGGUAGGAGGGUACGAACAAGAUGGCCUGAUGACAAUAACUUCUAUGAAGCUGUUAUCACUGACUACAAUCCAGCUGAUGGACGGCAUAAUCUGGUCUAUGACAUGGGGAGUGCAAAUGAAACAUGGGAAUGGGUUAAUCUAUCAGAGAUAUCUCCUGAAGAUAUUCAGUGGGUUGGUGAGGAUCCAGGAAUCAAUCAUCGUGGGGGUUUUGGGGGCUCUGCUCAUGGGAUGAAUAGGUCUGUAGGACGUGAUAGUGCUCCAGGGGCUGGAAGAGGUAGAGGAGCUAAACAGGGGCAAUCCAGAAAAGAUUUUUUGUCAUCACAGAAUGGCGUAGGAAAGAAGGCUCCAGAUGAUAUACAAAUACUUCACACAGACACACUAAUCAAGGAGGUGGAGAGGGUAUUCAGUGCAAAUCAUCCUGAUCCCCUUGAAGUUGAGAAAGCCAAGAAAGUAUUGAAGGAUCAUGAGCAGGCUCUUAUUGAUGCAAUUGCAAGAAUUGGUGAUCUUUCUGAUGGUGAAAGUGAUGGAGCUGGACACCAUUUCUCACAUGCUCAAUCAAUGGAUCGGGAAUGAUGGGAGGAUCUCUGCUACUUUGUACAAUGAGCAGAGGCAUUAUGGGAGAGCAUUACUUCUCUUGUAUUAUGACAGCAUGGUUUUUGUGCAUUAGGCAUGAUGUAGGAUGGCAAUUAUUGUAGUUUGGUAAUAAUUAUUUAUUGAAGUUAACCUAGGACCCGCUGAUACUUGUAUAAUACCUAUCCCAUUAGAGAUCAAUGUGUGGUAAGUGUAUAAAUUCUUGUAUUUGAUGUGUCAAAUUAGUGUCCACUCCCUGCCUCCCCUAACCCUCGACGUCCUUUUGAGAACCUAAUUUUCUUGUUUGUUCCUUACUGAUUUGUGGAACUUAAUGUGAAAAAUGGUGUUCAUUUCAUAGGACUGGAGGAUACUCGAGAGUCUUAGAGCCCUACGUUUAUAGUGGGUUUACUCGGAGCCAUUGGGUAUGGUCAUUGCCAUUAUUGCAUAUUCAACAUUAGGAUUCAGAUGUGUAUCAGAACAGAGAAUAUCUAAGAUAAAAUUCC